AUGUUGACAAUUGACAUUUACUGUUUACAUUUUGCAAUUUUGACACUUCUAAAAUCACAAUUUCACAUUGAUUAACGAAAAUCUUUUGUAAGAUGAUUCUAAGACUCGAGUCUUGAUUACUUAUUUGGCUAUGGAUGGUAAUACAGAGAAUUCGACAGAUGUGCGUGGUAAAUCAAUUUUUAAAUCCCUGAAGCGCCAAGCAGUGAGCAAAGUUUUAGAUUUUUCAAGUCAAUAUGGCUCUGAAGACUCAAGAAGUUAUACUGUGGACAAUAUUGUUGGCGAAACCCAUAAUUACCCUGAUUAUGGCGAUUUUACCCAGGCACUUGUUUUUAGAACCUAUGGAACAUGGUGGAACCAGUGUCCAUCAACUCCAAAAUAUUUUCAAUACACAAACUUCAAUUUUAUUAGUCAGGAUUUUAUAGAUAUUCAAUUUAAUGAGGCUGUUUACCCAACAGAAGUAGAAAUAUAUGAGACAUACAACCCUGGAGCCGUGGUCAGGAUUCUUGCAUUUGAUAGUGAUUCAAGUACAACAAAUGUUUAUAAUAGGUGGUUUGUUCUAUGGUCUGGAAAUAUACAGAGAUGUAAGCGCCAAGCUCGGGUCUUCACACCAAAACUAAAGAAAUGUCCUUUCAAAUCCAGACGUCUUAGACUAGAGUUCAACCAAAAUCAUGUUGAUUACUACACUGAGUUAGAUGCCGUUUAUCUUCAUGGCGUAGACUCUAAAGAAGAAUAUUUCGACAAUGAAGAUUCGGUUAAGAAUUUAAGUGAUAUAUUUCGUGGAAAGAUUGCACUGAAUAGCGUCCAUGAUGAAGUACAUGGUGAACAAGUGGCUUUGAAUAUCCUCAUGCUUCCAAUUGAAGUAAUCAACAAAAUCUUUUCAUAUUUGACUUUUACUGAUUUUGGUAAUCUUUCCAGAUCUUGCAGAUCGCUCCGGAAUUAUUGCUAUGAUCCUUUAUGGUUCAAGGAAUUUGACCUGCAACCUUAUUGGCAGAAGGUAAAUGAUGUCAGUCUUCAUUACUUGGGUGAUAGAUGCCAAUCAGCAAAGAAAAUUAGAUUAUCAUGGUGCGGUUCGAAUAAUAUGUUGUCCUCACCUCACUUUUCAAGAUUUCUUCAAAAGAUCAGUGGGAGGUUAAGAUGCUUGUACCUGUCAUGUUGUAGAUUUGUUGACCAUGAUGCUUUGCAACAGAUCACAAAAGUUUGCCCGAAACUCGAAGAAUUAGAUUUGUCGUCGUGCAUUGACAUUCCAAGUGAAGCAUUUAAAGAAUUGGCAAGGUUACAAUGCUUGAAGAGAUUAAAUCUCUACAGAACACAGAUAACAAAGAUAGGUUUCGAGAAAAUUGCCAGGUCUUGUACAGAAUUAAUGCAUGUUAACCUGGGAGGAUGUUUUAAAUGCGAGAACUACGAUGAAAUGAUGAAGUAUUUGGAGAAUUGCCCAAAUAUUGUUUCGUUAGAUUUGUGGAGAACCAAAUCACUGACCGCAAAUGGGAUCGUCCAUAUUUUUCAAAACUGCCCCAAUCUUGAGGAAAUUGAUCUUGGUUGGUGUUCUAAUGUUGCGACACAUGGUUGCUUGCGUCUUCUGGUCACUCACUGCCCGAAAAUUAAGAAAAUUUUUCUCACAGCCUUAAGAACGGUGUUAGACGAUGAUCUUAUUGCCAUUUCUGAGAACUGUACUAUGCUAGAACAGCUGGACAUUCUUGGAAACUCGAAUGUUACAAAGAAAUCUGCCGAGAGGAUCCUCGAAGAAUGCAAAAAUCUCAAAUUCUUUGAUGUCUCAUUCUGUUCCCAACUCGAUGAUGAUUGGUAUCGUGCAGCUAAAGAACGUUACCCACUCGUGGAUUUAAAGAAAAGUGUUCAAAAUGUUCAGCCUCGAAAUUAAGCAUAAUUCGAGUUUUGGUGAAAGUAAUUCUAGUGUCCGGCUGACUCUAUGUUGCAAAUGAAACAAAGCCAGAGCAAUCAUGCAAAUAUAAUUUAUAAAGAAGUAUCAGAAUAAAAACAAGUCAUAGA